AUGUCAGUCCAAGAACUCAUUAUUCUUUUUGCUCUUCUUGAAAUACAGGAAUAUCAGCUGCAGCAACAAGCUUUGGAACUGGCAUUGGAUCGUGCCGAGUAUAUCAUUGAAAGUGCCCGUCAGAGACCUCCCAAAAGAAAAUAUUUAUCAAGUGGAAGAAAAUCUGUGUUUCAAAAACUUUAUGAUUUAUAUAUAGAAGAAUGUGAAAAAGAACCUGAGAUAAAGAAGCUGAGGCGAAAUGUGAAUUUACUUGAGAAGCUGGUUGUGCAGGAGACGUUGUCAUGUCUAGUAGUGAACCUCUAUCCGGGAAAUGAGGGUUAUUCACUUAUGCUCAGGGGAAAAAAUGGUUCAGAUUCUGAGACCAUUCGUCUGCCUUAUGAGGAAGGAGAGCUGCUUGAAUAUUUGGAUGCAGAAGAACUACCACCUAUUUUGGUUGAUCUUUUGGAAAAAUCUCAGGUUAAUAUUUUUCAUUGUGGAUGUGUCAUAGCAGAAAUACGUGACUAUAGGCAGUCUGGUAACAUGAAAUCUCCAACAUACCAAAGCAAGCACAUUCUUUUGCGUCCUACAAUGCAGACUUUAAUUUGUGAUGUGCAUUCUAUAACAAGUGACAACCACAAAUGGACACAGGAGGACAAACUCCUACUUGAGAGCCAACUUAUUUUGGCUACAGCAGAGCCUUUGUGUCUUGAUCCUUCAAUAGCAGUGACGUGCACUACAAACAGACUCCUGUACAACAAGCAGAAGAUGAACACUCGUCCCAUGAAACGGUGCUUCAAAAGGUACUCAAGGUCCUCUCUGAACAGACAGCAGGAAGUAGCUCACUACUCAACUCCACCUCAGCUCAGACUACUUGACUACUUACAGAAAAGGAAGGAGAGGAAAGCAGCCCAGCUGUAUGACCUCAAAAUUUCUAAAGCUGGAAAUUGCGUAGAUAUGUGGAAACAGAACCCUUGCUACUUGACUGCCCCUUCUGAAGUAGACGUGGAGAAAUAUGCCAAAGUGGAAAAGUCUAUCAAGCCUGAUGACUCACAACCAGCUGUCUGGCCAGCACAUGAAAUAAAAGAUGAUUAUGUGUUUGAAUGGGAAGUUGGUAAUCGGCUUCAAAAAACAAAGCUGACCAUUUUCCAGUCUCUUGGCAAUCCCUUGUACUAUGGUAAAAUUCAGACACUCAAAGGUGAUGAGGAAAAUGACAACCUGUUAACUCCAUCACAGUUCCUUAUUGGUUCGAAGACUGAUGCUGAAAGGGUCAUGAACCAGUAUCAGGAGUUAGUACAAAGUGAAUCUAAAUGUCCUGUGAAAAUAUUUCAUAAUUCAAGUGGAUCAGUCAAUCUUAGUCAUCUUUCUCCAGGGAAGGAAAUGGAACCAGAAAGUAUAUCAGGCUCUGUUCAGUCUUCAGUGCUGGGGAAAGGUGUAAAACACCGACCUCCUCCUAUCAAAUUACCUUCAAGUUCAGGAAGUAGCUCUUCAGGUAAUAUUUUUAGUUCACAACAGUCAAGUGGCCAUCUAAAAUCCCCAACUCCUCCUCCUUCUAAGCCUGCUGGUCUUUCUCGGAAACAGUCUAUUGAUCUUAAUCAAGUUAGCAUGCUCUCUCCAGCUGCCAUGUCUCCUGCAAGCUCUUCACAAAGGUCUGGAACUCCUAAACCAUCUACUCCUACUCCAACCAACAACCCUUCAUCGACCCCACACCCUCCUGAUGCUCAGAGCUCAACUCCUAUUACCCCUUCUGCCACCCCUACUCCCCAAGAUUCAGGCUUCACCCCUCAGCCCACUUUGUUAACCCCGUUUGCUCAGCGGCAAGUGUCUCUGAGCCAGACACUGCCUGUAAUGACCAUUCCUCUUUCUACCAUGGUAACAUCCAUUACUACAGGAACAACCUCCACCCAGGUCAUGGAAAACCCUACAGGACUUAACUUCAUCAAUGUAGUGGGCUCUGUGUGUGGAGCACAGUCACUGAUGAGUGGUUCAAACCCUAUGCUGGGGUGCAACACUGGUGCCAUAGCCCCUGCAGGUAUAAAUCUGAGUGGCAUUUUACCAUCAGGAGGUCUGGUACCAAGUGCGCUGCCCGCUCCAAUGCAGUCUGCCUCUCAAGCAGGCAGCCCCUUUGGUUUGAAAAAUACAUCAAAUCUUCGGCCCUUAAAUCUUCUACAGCUUCCAGGUCCUUCACGUAUUUUUAACCCACUCCAGCAGCAGCUAUCACAGUUUUCUCCACAGCAACGAUCUCAGCAGCCUAAAACCUGUAGUCCUCAGCAACAGGGAGAACAGGUGUGUGCUAACAGCCCUCAAUCUGGGGGGUCUGACCAAGGUCCAUCCAAUCAAGAUCAGGCAUUAUCUGCCCAACAAGCUGCUGUAAUUAACCUGACUGGAGUAGGGAAUUUUAUGCAACCUCAAGCCACAGUUGCGAUUCUUGCAGCAUCAAAUGGCUAUGGCAACGGCAGCAGCACAAGCAGCUCACCUACAUCAUCAACAGCAUUCAGGCAGCCACUCAAAAAGUAAAAGGAAAAGAG